ACAAACAUAAGCUCUGGAGUCUUUAAAGGCAGCUGAGCCAAGAAGGACUUUAUUACCCAGAGAGCACUCGGUAUUCUCCCACGAGCUCCCUGCCUCGGUUAAUGUUGAUCAGGGUGCGCGGGUUGGUCGCUGCCUGCUUAUCUCUCAGUGUGUGCGUGUCUCUCCUCCACGCACAGGCGCCCUGCACUCCAGUCUGCUGACACACCGCGAGGACAGUCCGCGCUACACGUCCGCGUCAUUGGACUCUAUGUGGAUACAAAGCCCGGUCACUACACACAUCCAUGGGGAUAAUUUAGUUGCAACUGCAGCCCAAUACCAUUUGCAUGAGAACAGAGUGACACUGAAAGACACCGGAGAGCCAGAGAACGAGUGCUGGCCUUGGUUUGGCUGAGUGACCAGCGACUGAGCCUUGUUCAUGCGUCUCCCUGCGUGCCACUCCCACAUCACUAUGAACUGUGAGCAGGACUUUGCAGACGGGGGCUUGGGAGUGACCCUCACACUACGACUGCUCAUGCAUGGAAAGGAGGUUGGAAGCAUCAUAGGAAAGAAAGGAGAGACUGUGAAACGAAUACGAGAAGAGAGCAGCGCUCGCGUAAAUAUCUCAGAGGGUUCCUGUCCAGAGAGGAUCAUCACCAUCACCGGCUCCACAGACUGCGUCUUCAGAGCUUUCACCAUGAUCACCUACAAACUGGAGGAGGACCUGACUACGCUGGUGGCCAACGGCACCAUCAGCUCCAAGCCACCAGUCACCCUGCGGCUGGUCAUCCCUGCCAGCCAGUGUGGCUCUCUCAUUGGGAAGGGGGGGGCAAAGAUAAAGGAGAUCAGAGAGAGCACCGGAGCUCAGAUACAGGUGGCGGGGGAUUUGCUGCCCAACUCUACCGAGCGAGGGGUGACGAUAUCUGGGAAUCAGGAGUCUGUAAUCCAGUGUGUCAGACUCAUCUGCACAGUAAUCCUGGAGUCUCCCCCGAAGGGUGCCACUAUCCCCUAUCGACCAAGCCCUUCACCAGCUGCCCUCCUCAUCGCAGGGAACCAGGUGUAUGAAGCGUCAGAAUAUGCACCCCACCCUAUGUACUCCGUCACCCAAGGUGGCCUGGACCUCCAGCAGAACGCUGUCUUUCAGGCCUACACUUUGCAAAACCAAUAUGGCAUUCCACACUCAGAGAUGGCUAAGCUUCAUCAGCUGUCAAUGCAGCAAGGCCUGAGCCCUAUGGCCCAGCCUGCUUCAUCUAUCAUGCCUGGGAUGGACUCCAACUCUCAGACAUCUCAGGAGCUGCUCAUUCCCAAUGAUCUGAUCGGCUCGAUCAUCGGCCGUCAGGGCACUAAGAUCAACGAGAUCAGACAGGUGUCGGGAGCCCAGAUAAAGAUUGGCAGCCAGCUGGACGGGACGAGUGACCGUCAUGUGACCAUCACAGGAACACCGGUCAGCAUCAACUUGGCCCAGUACCUCAUUACCUCCUGUUUAGAGACAGCCAAAUCCACAGCCCAGGCAGCCGGCAUGGCAGCGCCAGUCGACCUCAACAUGGCCUUCACCCAGCAAGCCUCCCCAGCUGCCUCCCCCGCACCCACCCUGGCCACCAUGGGCGCCCUGACUCAGGCUCAUAUGCUGGGUAACCCAUACGGUGCCAUGCCGCUCUCCGGCCUGUUGGGGAUGAAGUCUGUGCCCUUUCUGACUCUAUCCAGCCCCGGCCCCACUGUAGCCGUCACCGCAGCACCCUCCCACUCUACUCUGGCCGCCUACACCGCCAAAAUCUCCUCAGCCAACUGCAUCAAAAAGCCAGAGAGACAGAAGUUUGCUCCUUACUGAUGCAGCCUCUGGGUUCUGUGUCUGAA